UACGUAGCUAUCGAAAAACGUUCGUGCGCGCGCAUCGAAUGUAGAUAUCGUUCCAAUUCACCACGAUUGAGCUGAUUGCUUGACGAUUCGUAGGGUAAAGCAAAAAUUCGCGUUUAAUACGGUUCCACUGUUGUUAAGGGUUUGUUCGAAAGCUCCGUGCGCUUGCUUCAAUUUUGUGCGAAACGCCGAUUAAAAUUCAAUUAAAAAUGUUCGUGUCGACAGUCUCUCGCAUUGCCCCCGUUGCCAGGACCGUGCUCCUCGCCAACUCCAAGCAAUACUUGCGACCAUUGAGCAGCGCCGUCAUCAGCCAGAGCCAAACUUUGGCCGCUCAGAACACAACCCCCGUUGCAUUACUGCCACAGAUCAGGUCAUUCCAGACCUCGCCAGUCACGCGUGACAUUGAUUCGGCUGCCAAAUUCAUUGGUGCUGGUGCUGCAACAGUCGGUGUCGCUGGUUCCGGUGCUGGUAUCGGAUCAGUAUUCGGCUCCCUCAUCAUCGGUUAUGCCAGAAACCCAUCGUUGAAACAGCAGCUGUUCUCUUAUGCCAUCUUGGGUUUCGCCCUGUCUGAGGCUAUGGGUCUGUUCUGUCUUAUGAUGGCUUUCCUGCUGCUCUUCGCCUUCUAAGCAGUCGCUCCUCGUCCUGUUUUUUUCGUGCUCGAGAAUUGUUUGCGGGUUGUGUUGUGAGAUGUCAACAGCAUCUUGCGACAAACGUCGUGUAGCAAGAACAACGGCAACGAGAAAGCAAAGUAUAGAAGAAGGAACAACAAACAACCAACAUCAACGUUCGUUUUUCGAUUAUUAAUGAUACAAAUGAUUGGUAGCAAAAACAUCUUGUGUACAAUCUAAUUAUAAAAUAACAACAACCACAUAAUAUAUGUAAUUUUGUUUUUAAAAAACA